AUGGCGGACGGCGGGACGUGCGACGGUCGGAUUGCCGCCCCGCGGAGCGCCCGCGCGAACCCGGGGCCCGACCUCGUUCGGCCGCGCUGGCUCGGCGUGGCUCGGGAAGGCUCGGCUGAGCUCGGCGGCGCUCGGCAGGGUUCGGCUCCGCUCGGCAGCGCUCGGCUCGGCUUGCUUUUGAUCGCCGUGAAAAAAGGCGUUCCUCACACGAUCCUCACUAACCACACGAGCAGAAAGCAUCCCCGUCCCCGAAAUCAACAACACGGCCCUUCUGCGGAGUUGACGGGACGCUCCGCCCCUCGUCCCCCUGCAUACGACAAAAGCUCGCAGGGCUCGGAUAGGGCUCGGGUUGGGGCUCGGGGGGCUCGGGUAGCAUUCGGCAGAGCUCGGGCAGUACUGGGAUGCGCUCGGCUCGGCAGGACUCGAGUGGACCUCUGCAGAGCUCGGCAGAACUCGGAAAGUGCUCGGAAGGGCUCGGCUCGGUUAGGGCUCGGGCAGGGCUGGGCACGGCUCGGCAGAACUCGGCUCGGCUCGGGCAGGGCUCGGCAGGGCUCGGCUCAGCUCGCGCACGGCUCGGCAAGCCUCGGUUCCAGCCGCCCGCUCUCGGCCGUGCCCGCCAGGCGGCGCCCCCGCUCCCUCCGCCCCCUGCGGCCUUCGGACCCGGGCGGCGCCCCGAGGCCCGGGCCGGGCUCGGAGCGGUACCGAGCCAUGGCCGGCGCGCGGCUCACCGAGGGCACCGUGACGGUGGAGGGGCAGAGCCUCUUCUACCGGGAGGCCCACCCGCAGCGGGCCCCGCGGCUGAACGUGCUGCUGCUGCACGGCAUCCGCUUCUCCUCGGACACCUGGCUGCAGCUGCACACGAUGGCCGUGCUGGCUGACGCCGGCUACCGGGCCGUGGCCGUCGACCUGCCGGGGCUGGGCCGCUCCAAGGACGCCGUGGCCCCCGCUCCGGUGGGGCAGCCGGCACCGGGAGCCUUCCUGAAGGCGGUGGUGGAGGCGCUGGGCCUGGCCCCGGCCGUGCUGGUCAGCCCGUCGCUCAGCGGCAUGUACUCGCUGCCCUUCCUCUUCCAGCACGGGCACCUGCUGAAGGCCUACGUGCCCGUGGCGCCCAUCUGCACUGAGAAGUUUGAGGCGCAGCAGUACGCCGGUGUCCAGACGCCCACCCUGAUUGUCUAUGGGGACCAGGACGUCGAGCUGGGCCAGGUCAGCCUGAGCAACUUGCGACACUUGGCCCGCCACCAGGUGCUGGUGCUGCAGGGCGCCGGGCAUGCCUGCUAUUUGGACAAGCCCGAGGAGUGGCAUCGUGGACUGCUGGCCUUCCUGCAGCAGUUGGAGUGAAUGGGAUGGGGAGGGCCACCCUCGGCACCACCGCUUCGUCGGGACCAAAUAAAACCCUGAGAUGUGCUGCC